AUGUGUGAUGUUUGUUCGGAGUUUUCACAGCUUUUAGUAAAUUGUGAAUCAAGAUUAACCGACGAUGUGUCCCAGUAUCCAACAAUAAGCCAAUCGGAACUAGAAACAGUGCUGAACUACAUUCUCUCAUGGCCACAAAGGCAAUGUAUGUGCUGCUAUCGUGAUGUAAAGAAUUUUGAAAGGUUCUAUCUUGUAGUACAGAGCAUAUUGUGCUUAUGUGUGUGUCAACUGAAGCAACUGAAAGAUGAGCUUUUGGAAGCAGCUAAAACAGCUCCAGCACCUGACAAUGUACUCGAUAAACAGAAAUCUGAACCAGGCAGUCCCUCCAACUGUGAUGAUAAAUCCAAUGAACAAAAUGAGAUCCAACCAGAAACAGAUAUCUCAAAGCCUCCACCUGAGAGCCCAGAAGAGCCUAAAGAUGUUGAGAUACCUCUUGUCCCAGCUGAAGAUGCUGAAGUAUGGUCGAUGCAGCAAAAAGAAAAGCUUAUGCACAUUGUGUCUAAAGUGUUUCUAUUAAACUUUCCACUGUACUUAGCAUGUAAACACUCAGCUCUCAGUCGCUUGGAUGACUUAUCUGCUCAAGAAAUAUCAAAUUUAAGUUCAUACUGUGACCUACAUGAUACUGAGAUACCGGCUUAUUUGCUUCGUAAUGUUAGUCUCUUCUGUAAGCUUGGAGGAGUUUGUGCUAUGACUUCAGUGUUUGAUUGUGCUACACCGUCUACUUUGCCACUUUCCAUGGCACACGCUAUUGUGGCAGCAGUUGGCAAUCUCAAACUAUGGUUAAACUUUAGAGCUGUAGCUCAACUUUUCAUGCCCCUGAGGAGUAAAAUAUUGAAGUUCAUGUGCAGCUUGGAUGAUAAAGAUCUUAGAGUUCCAGCUGUCAAAUCCAUGGCAGAUUUUAUGUGGGGAGCAGCUAAAGAGCCCUUAGAAGCACCUCUUGCAUUUGAUGCCGAUGGUUUGGCAUUAGCAUUCAAGUACUUCAACAGCAGCACACUGACAAUGCGCCUAGCUGGUGUGGCACAGAUUAAUGCGCACAUUGCUGCACACAACGAACUUUGUGCUGGUGAACCAGCUGCUGAUGCUGAAAUAGCUGGACAACGACUUGCAACCUGGCUGACUUAUAACAACAUCAUUGAACACUUAUUUGGACCUAAUUUGCAUGUGGAGGUUAUAAAGCAAUCUCAUAUGAUCUUAAAGUUCCUGGCAGUAGAAGGUCGCAUUACUCCAGACCACAUUUUGUUGAUAUGGGCGGCGGCGCAGCUAAAGCACUGUGGUCGGCAGGUUCACGACUUGCUACCGGGGUUCAUCCGCGCACUCGCUCCUAAACCAUGCUCGCAUCUUUACAGUUUGCUCUGUUCAUUACCACCUAAAGAACACACAGAACAGAGUCUGUACCUAGCAUCAGCGUUGAUGCGUGCGAUGUGGUCACGUGGCAGCGGAGGUGUACAAGCCGGAGCGGGCACUCCACCGGCUCUCGCUGAUGAGCCUCCAUUGCGGCCCCCGCAGCCAUCGUGUAAACCACACCACAACUCUUCAUCAGAAGCUAGUGUUAGCAUGGACCAGACUAACUCCGAUGACGAUCCUUGUGAGGAGUUAAGUACAUCGGGCGAGGAAGCAGGCCCGACGCCGCGAAAACAGAGCAAACACCAACGAGAAUUGACAGCUGAACAAGAAUGGUUACGAGAAGGAGAAGAGCUGACGAAAAAAGAAUGUUCUACACUUAAAUCUUGCCAAAAACGCAACAAGCGCGCCGGUAGUAGCGGCAGCGCCAGCAGCGGCGCGGAAGAACUGCUGCGUCCGCGUAAGAAAAAGUUUUACAAGAAACGGCACAAGCUAACCAAGCCCAAGCAUUUUCCUACACAAUUAAAGGCAGAUCUUGCAGAGUCGGUUUCUGAAGUCGAAGAAGAAUCAUCUGGUAGUGACACAGCGCACUGCCAGCUCAUAUGUGACAACGUAGAUGCCAGUAGGCGUUUAAUGGAACUCCGCCUAAUGGAGAACUACAAGCGGCGCGCAGUUUCAGCAGUGGGUGGCGAGGAAGAGGAAGGCAGUGCAUCAUCAGCACUAUCCCCGCAUUCGCAUCCUCACCUUGCAGAUCUUGACGAGGAUGAUUCAGGCUGCGAAGAAGAACUGGCCAGAUUAGCUGCACAGGCGCAAUGUCUGACGGAGUACCAGGGCGUGGGCGUGGGCGCGGCGGGCCCCGUGGCGGGGCCGAGCACGGCGCGGGGCUCGUCCCCGGUGCUCCCGUGCGACGUGGGCGAAGUGUGCCGCCCCGGGAACACUCUGCUCUGGGACUUGCUGCAGGACGGCGCUAUUGAACAACUAGGCGAGGGUUUAGCGCUUGAAGCAGAAAAGGCGCUCUGUGCUUUGCUGUGUUUUAGCACUGACAAGUUCAUAAGGAUUAAAUUUAUUGAAGGAUGUCUGGACAAUCUCGCUAAUCACAGAUCUGUGGCUGUAUCACUUCGAUUGCUACCGAAGUUGUUCUCUUCCUUUCAACAGUUACGUGGCAUGGACAUGCAUCAGGUGGUGAUGUGGGCGGAGCGAGAGCGCGGCAUGAUGCGCCUGUUCUUGGAAGACCUCCGACAUUACAUGUCGAGCGGACGCGCUACUAGUGAAGCUCCGAACUACGCGCACAUCACUGAACUUACCGUUCGCCUGCACUUUCUCACCGCAAUCUUCUCGCCCGUUGGCUCGCCGCAACAUUUCAGAUUAACGGUGGAGCAAGUGGAGGAACUUUGGGAGUGCUUGGUAGUACGUGGCAGUACCGAGUGUGCGGAUUGUCUGUACUCGUGGUUGCUCUCGCACACCAAGUCCCCUGACCAACAUGCGCUGGGGCUAGACGCUCUCAGGUUUUUGUACGUGGAGAAAAUGCCUACGUUGGAUCCUGAGACCAUCAGCAUAAUGGGGCUGAGCCUGUAUCAGCAGCUGUGCAACUUGGCCCGCAUGGCCCUCGGUACCGGCGACUUUCGGGACACUGCUCACCCGCAUACACGGGCCAUGGACCACCUGUGGAAAAUUGCCCUUCGGGCCAAUAGCACAGAUGUAUCAAUGGCCGCGAUCCAAUACUUGAACAGCUAUUAUAUGGGCCAGCAACUCCAACAAGAAGACGACUUUGUAGCCAAAUGCAUGUUCCAUCUAUCCUCCGCCGCUGAAAGGCUUAUAGCCAAGAACCGAGAUGGAGAAAGGAGAACAUUACCUCAGAUGUCAUGUGAAGAAACUGAAGAAGGAGAGAACACUGUGGACAAUCAGAAUAUUUAUGAACAUAUGACUGAGGAGGCAGCUCUACAGUGUAUUCAGAGGGCUUUGUUACUGUUAAAGACUCAUCUUGAUACUUUCAAAAGGAGAUAUGCAUAUCACUUGCGUCGAUGGGCUCUAGCAGAAUCAGGGGCGUGGGAGGGGUGUGCGACUGGUGCGGGGGGCGGCACGGUGCGCGUGACUCUGCAGCCGGCCGGGGCCGGGCCCAGGGCCUCGCUCGCUUUGCACCAGUCUGAUUUAGUAGCACAUUUACGGGCUCACGUCCAUGUGUGGUGGGAGAAACAGAUACAAGGCGAAGAAGGCGUAACAGCUUUAUCAACAGACGGUCCAUUACGUAUGAUAACGCAAGGACAAGAACUUACCAUAGACUAUGACGAAAGAACGCUUUACGAUAUGGGCUUCAAAGACAAUCAGCUGGUGUUCGUAUCAGUAGGCGUGGGAGGGCGAGGCGCGUGGGCAGAAUGGCCCUCUGCCCAGCCGGCACCUGCACGGACUCGAUUGCCAACAUUAUUGUUGCUGGACCCUACUUACUUUAACCAUCUUUUUACCCUCAUGCAGGCCCUUGGACAGAUGAAAGAACCCGGUGCUAAUGGGGUACCAGUGGCGCAUACUAAGGCUCAACUAUUAUCACGACGCGUAUGGGAUAUUCUACAAGCCGUGCCACUCAACCCUACACUGCUAGAAGCAUUCCAAAGCCCAAACGAAAGCAAGAUACCUGAAUUACUUGAUCCCACCAGCCCUCAGAAACUCAUGUACUCCCUUCAUAUUAUUGACAAGUUGAGUUCCAGUAACACUAGCACUCCGAAUGCAAAGGAACCGGCAGCUGGCACUCCGAUGAGUGAUGAUGAAAACACUUCUGUCGAGAAUUGGAACGAGCUGUUUAUAAAGAAAGGCGGACUGAGACUACUGUAUGAUAUUAUGAUGUCAGGUGUGUUACAAAGGAAUGAUGACAGCGAAUGGAGACAGGAUUGUCUUGCACUUCUGUUGCAGCUGUUAUGUAGAAUCGGUACACUACCUUCAUCUGAUCCCGCUCAAACACCGAAAUUACACCCAUCUUUACUGUCUCUAAUGAGCGUGGAGGAGACAACAGAGAGGUUGAUAUCUAUAUUGUGCGAAGCAGCUACCUUAAAGGAACCUGCCACUUAUAAGACAGGAUUUUGGGGCAGAGCACAGGUGGUGCAACACGCAAUGCGCAUGUGCGUGUGGUGGGCGCGCGGCGGGGGGGACGCGGUGGCGCUGGCCUGGUCCCUGCGCCGCGCCGCGCCGCGCUUGCUGCUGGACGAUGCUGAUCCUGCAGUGCGGCGCGAGGCGGGCAGCGCGCUGUACCGGCUGUGCGCGGGCGGCGAGGUGGCCGUGCUGGCGCCGCUGCUGCAGCUGCUGCUGGAGCACCUGCCGCGCGCCGCCGACAUGCGGCCCGCGCACCACCUGCCGCACCACCACCUGCACUCUGUUCAUCAUCAUGCCGAGGAAGGCAAGGAACCUUAUGGACCGGCGUGUAGGGACUACUUUUGGCUUGUGUGCAGGCUAAUAGACGGUUUACCCGAGGAUUUCUUCAAAGAAGGAGCUACAUCUGAAGAUAGUGGAGCUCCAGACCUGAACGAGCUAUGUGAACAGACUAGAUCGUCUUUGGAAAAACGCGAGAUUAUCGAACGUCGUGUAGAACCGUGCACUCCUGAUGACGGACUAUACGGACAACUGAGCUUGUUGACUCAUUUGCUGAAACAUCCAUUGCGAUUUAAGAUGUCUGAACAAGGAACUAGGACGUUAGAAAUGGUGUUUGGCUUCCUAUUCGAUGUACCUAAUCCGGACAACAGAAACUUGCCGAAAUGCAAAUCACAAAAGUCCCGCGCGGCGGCAUACGACCUGCUCGUAGAACUUGUUAAAGGCGCUCCAGAUAACUACAUGGUGCUACAUAAUAAACUGAUGGAACACCAUAAACCAGGCCCACAAUCCUCUUACCCAUGGGACUACUGGCCGGCCGAAGAAUCACGGUCUGAAUGCGGGUACGUCGGUCUGACGAACCUCGGAGCUACGUGUUACAUGGCGUCGUGUAUGCAACACUUGUACAUGAUGCCUCAAGCCAGACUGGCGCUGCUGCAGGCAGACCCUGCCGCCAGCCGGCACUCGGCUACUUUGCACGAGAUGCAGAGGAUGUUUGCGUAUCUUAUGGAAAGUGAACGCAAAGCGUACAACCCUCGCAGUUUCUGUAAAGUCUACCAGAUGGACCACCAACCGCUCAACACGGGCGAGCAGAAGGACAUGGCGGAGUUUUUUAUUGACCUCGUGUCGAAACUUGAAGAAAUGACUCCAGAGUUAAAGAAACUAGUAAAGACGCUCUUCUGUGGAACUCUAAGCAACAAUGUAGUAUCACUGGACUGCCCACACGUAUCGCGAACGUUAGAAGAGUUCUACACGGUUCGUUGCCAAGUAGCAGACAUGCGAAAUCUUCACCAGAGCCUAGAUGAGGUGACGGUCAAAGACACGCUGGAAGGUGAUAACUGUUACACCUGCUCGCAAUGCUCUGCCAAAGUGCGCGCUGAGAAACGAGCGUGUUUCAAAAAGCUGCCACGCAUUUUGUGUUUUAACACGAUGCGAUAUACCUUCAACAUGCUGACAAUGCUCAAGGAGAAAGUUAAUACGCACUUCUCCUUCCCGAUGCGGCUCGAUAUGUCUGGAUAUGUGGAAAAGCAUCUGAUGCCUGCUCAGUAUCAAGAAGAGAAACAGAAAUCUGCUGAGAAGAAGGACGGCGAAGCUAGUCCAACAAUGGAGGUCGAAGACAAUUCAGAGUUUGAGGAGCACUAUGAGUACGAGCUAAUAGGUGUGACAGUCCACACGGGCACGGCUGACGGCGGCCACUAUUACUCGUUCAUACGCGACCGCGAGCACGAGCACCACGACCGCUGGCUGCUGUUCAACGACGCGGAGGUCAAACCUUUCGACCCCGCGCACAUCGCCGCUGAGUGCUUCGGUGGCGAGAUGACGAGUAAGACAUACGAUUCGGUAACAGACAAAUUCAUGGACUUUUCAUUCGAGAAGACUAACAGCGCUUAUAUGUUGUUCUACGAGUGGAGUCCACCGCGCAGUCAGCGGGGCUCAGAGUGUGGGCCGCUCGACGAGGCACAGUCAUCUACGGCCGAGGGUGCCAGCCCAAGCUCGUCUGUGGAGCGGCGCAGUAGCGACGCGGCGUCAUCGAUAAAGCUGCCUCCAGAUCUGCUCAAGUGGAUUUGGGAUGACAAUAUGCAGUUCUUGCACGACAAAAAUAUUUUUCAGCACGCAUAUUUCACGUUUAUGGGUCAAAUGUGCAGUUCAGUGCCACAAUCACUGUUAACGCUUCGGCCUGAGGUCACCGAAGUAGCUGCGCAGCUAUCCACUUCCUUCUUCAUAGAAACCUUUAUACACGCUAAGGAAAAGCCAACAAUGGUGUCAUGGGUAGAGUUGGUGACGAAGCAGUUCAACGCUUCAGCGGCGGCCUCCGAGUGGUUCUUAGGUCACAUGGCCGAUAAUACUUGGUGGCCGAUGCAGGUGUUAAUAAAAUGUCCAAACCAAAUGGUCCGGCAGAUGUUUCAGCGACUUUGUAUGCAUGUCAUACAAAGGCUCAGAUCUAGUCAUUGCGCCUUAUAUCUGCAAGGUGCGGAGGAAAACCACGAUAGCAGCAAGUUGGGCGAAGCGAGUUUUGUUACUAGGUUUAUAAGAAUGCUGUUAUCAUUGAUGGAGAAUGGAGCUCGGUCACAUUUACGUCAUCUGACUGAAUAUUUCAGUUUGCUGUACGAGUUUAGUAAAAUGGGCGAAGAAGAGGGGAGAUUUCUGUUGCGUAUUAACGCCAUAUCAAGCAUGGUUAACUUUUAUCUUGGCCAAAACUCAAAUUCGAUGGAAUCCCCGACGGAGGAAGCUGGCGGCAGCGCUAACGCGGAGAGCGGCGGGGACAAGCUGCGGCCCGGCGCGCUCGACAAGAUGGUGGCGCUCGUCGCCGGGCUCGUCGAGCGCUCCAGGGACGCGGCCGGACACUUGGCGCUCAUGGAUCCCGACGCGCGAGUACUCCUACAUACUAAGGGGUUUCCGUUUAUAUAUCAGCAGACUCGAGACUGCUUGAAUUUGCAACAAACGCGUUCGCUCAUUUUUGCACUGUGUCGGUGGAACGAGCCUCUUGCACAAAAGAUUGUCAACACGAUAUUCCAGGCCAUCGCUAAGCAUUCCGAGAAUAGCAACCCGUUUUAUAAAUUACUGACGCUGCUGGUGGACGGCAGCGGGGGCGGCGCGGGCGCCACGGGCGGCCUGCCCUGCUUCACACAGCUCGUGCUGGCGCGCCUCUGGGACGUGGCCGACGUGUGUCCGCACGCCGCGCUCGAGUGGCUGGCCUUGCAGGUGCCGCGCAACAAGGCGGCGCACGCGUGGGCGCUGCGCACGGCGGAGCGCUGGGUGGAGGCGCAGCUGCUGGGCGCGGGAGCGGCGCGCGUGCGGGCUGCGGCGGCGCUGCUGCUGGUGGCGCUGGUGCCCUCGCAGCACUUCCGCGCCGGCUACGCGCGCGCGCGCCCGCCGUCCACGCCGCACCCGCCCCACGCUCCGCACGCCGCGCACCCCGCGCACCCCGCGCACCCCACGCACCCCGCGCACCCCGCCAACCCGCACCUCGCGCCGGGCGCCAAGUUACCUGACACUGCGCACCAUACCCUACACCAGGUAUACACGAUGCUGCUGGGUAAACUGAAGGCAGCUCGCAAAUACACUGACAUAGCGGUACAUGGGACAAUGAAGCUCACAGCGUACUUCGGCGUGAUGUCAUACUGCGUCGUUAGCAGGGUUGAGAAACUUAUGUUUGGCCAAUACUUCAAUGACCUGUGGGAUCUGUACCACCCGGCGAUAUCAGAGCCUUCAGUGGCGGUACAUCCCAAUAAACAAGCGCUCCUCACAUUCUGGCACGCAGUCACCCUCGAUUGUAACGAAAACAUCCAGCUUGCCGUUGCUAAUCAGCGCCUCACCAAACACAUCGCCUUCAAUUAUAUACUUGCGGAUCACGAGGACGGCGAAGUAGUGGCGUAUAACCGCGCUAUGUUGCCUCCAUACUACGCGUUACUGCGCAUGUUCUGCCGCCGUUCGACUGCGUUUGCACGCAACCUUGCCCAGCACCAGAACAUACACUGGGCAUUCAGGAACAUCGCACCUCAUGCGCACCUCUAUCCGGGGGCUGCUGAUGAGCUGCUCAGGUUGGCUCGUAUCCUGGCGACCAGCGGUAACAACGGCGGCUACAACGGCGAUAGCAACGGCGACAACAACGGCGACAACAACGGUAGCAAUAAUAGCAGCACGAGCAGCGGCAACGACAGUGUCAAUGGCUGCGGUAACGGCAACGGUAACGGCGCCAGCGCCGGUGCUAACAGCGCCGAGGCGAAUGAAGCCGCCGCCUUCCGCAGGAGCACACUCUCCGCUUAUUUACAAGGUCUAAAUGGUAGAACGUGCUGGACGACGUUAAUAUCGGCGUUCUGCACACUGGUGGAGAACGAGGACGACAGACUGUUCGUUGUGUACAACGGCGGGCUACAGAUGACAUUCGAAGCCUUACACAGCCUACACGCGGUGUACAUCGAGAGCGCUGGGAGCAGUGGAAACGGUGGGGGCGCCAACAGCGCGUCGGUACGAUCUGAGCUCACGACGGCGCUGCGCUGGGCGCGCGCGUUGUGCCGUACCCUGCGCACGCGCCGCGAUGCUAAGGAAGCGCGCGCGCUAUUGCUGGCCUGCAAGGACUGGCCCGAGUGCGCGCGACGUCUCCUCACUAUGCUCAACUUGCAGCACCGACACACCCAUCUCAGGGACGCUGCGCUCGGCGUGCUGCGCGAGGUGGUGCUGGUGGGCGGCGGCGCGGCGCUGGGCGCGCUGGUGCCGCUGGCGGCGGGCGCGCACUGCGCGGCGCGCCAGCGGCACGUGCACGGCGGCUCGGCGCGCGACAGCGGCGAGCGCCACAGCCCGCAGCGCCAAGCCGCCUCCUGCAGGCCCUACCACAAGUUUAUAGACACAUGCUGCCGGGUGGCGCGUAGUCAGCGAUGUAUGUCAGACCAGCUCGUGCUACUGUCAGCCCUCUGUGCACUAGAAGCUUUACCUCUCAGAUUUAAUUAUUUCGCGGCAUUCUGGAUGGAGGUUGCCUUGUCGCCGGCGGACUCGAAGCUCGAGGAGAUGCUUUUAGAGUGUAGUGUUGCGGCGGAAUAUGUGGAUGCUAUACUGUUCGACGAUCGGGAGUCGCUUGAAGAUCCUGUAAUAUACCAAUUCAUGCAGCAUUAUUAUCCUAAGCUGGGCGGCGGAGCGGUGGGCGCGGGAGGGCCGGUGGCGGCCCCCGGCGGGCCCACGGCGGCGGCGGAGGCUCUGGCCGAGGAGCUGGCCGGCGCCGCGGCCCGCGCGCCGCUGCGCUCGCUGCUGUCGGCCGUGCGCGCGCUGCUGCUGCUGUCCACGCGCGCCCCUCCCUCGGCGGCGCGCGCGCGCGAGCUGCAGCGGGCCACCCGCGCGCUGCACGCGCGCCUGCACCUGCCAGGUACGUACCCGCGGCGCGCCGCAGCCGCCGCCCGCUCGCGCACUCACCGCCGUCUCUGUGCAGAUGACGACUCGGAGGCGGAGAGCGACGCGGCCGCGGUGUCGGUGACGGGGGCGCGCUCCGUGUCCGGCAGCGAGCUCGAGGAGCCGAUGGACGACAUCGGCGACGUGACGACCUCGGCUUCGGACGAGGCGAUGUCGCCGCGCGCCGCGGCCGCCGUGCACCGCUCGCAGCUGGCGAUGGCGCUGGCGACUCUGGAGACGCAGGCGAGUGAGCCCGCCACGCCGCCGUCCCCGGCCGAGCCGGCCGACCCCUAG